AUGUACUUUUCUUCUAGUGAUAGAAUUCCAGGAACUCUCACAAACUAUACUAUAAUUAAAUGUUUAGACAAUGGAAGUUAAGGAUACGUGUAUCAAGUAAAAGGAGAGGAUAAUAAAUUUUAUGCCUUGAAGAGGGUAGUCAAAAUGAAAUCGAGCGAAAUGGCUUUCUUAAAUAAGUAUUUCUAGAAUCAACAAGCUUUUGCACACAUACUCAUUCAUUAUGAAUAUUUUUAGUACAAAAAUAGCUUAGUAAUUAUCUAAGAGUAUUGUGCCGGUGGCAAUCUAUUUUAACUAUUGUAGAAACAAAAAUUAUCAACCCCAGAUAUUUAAAAAAUAUUAUCAGAUGUAUUUAUAAACUAAAUUAUUAAAGAUCUGCAGAUAACUCUAAGUGUUGAGAGAAUAACACUUUUUUCAUAGGGACUUAAAGCCAGAAAAUAUUUUGAUUUAAAUUGAUUCUCUAACUAAUAGAAAUCACUACAAAAUUUGUGAUUUUGGAGAAAUUAAAGAAAUAUAUUGUAGUAAUUCCUAAAAUUUGCAGAAGAAAAGUAUCCAAACUAUGAACGUAGGAACACCAUAUUAUUAAGCUCCAGAAGUUAUUUAAUCUUCACUCUACGAUUCUUCAGCUGACAUCUGGUCUUUAGGAGCAUUAAUUUAUGAGCUUUAUACUACUGAGCCCUUAUUUAAUGGAGGCUCUUUAGAAGAAAUACAAAAAUAAAUUUUAUCCACUUAAUAAGAUCAAAGCCUCAUCUAAUAAAAGAUAGAUUAAAUUCAAUGUGAUACUAAAUAUAAGGAUUUAUUAAAAUAAAUGUUAAGCUACAUAGCUUCCGAAAGGCCUUCCAUAGAAUAAAUAUAAAACACAUAUAAAAUAGAAAGUGCAAUCAAUUUUGACAAAAUUAAAGAGUAAUCCUCAUAAAUGAAAUACAAAUAAAUACCUUUGGAAUUUAUUUAACAACAAAUGGAAGUAUAAAACGCUACAGAAAGUUCAGAUUAACAAAAAAAUUUACAAAAUUAAAAGUAAAGUCUUAAUUUAUAGAACAAUAAGAAUGAUUUUCAAGUAAACUAAUAAAUCAUCAAUAACAGCUAAAAUGCAGAUGGAAAAUAGAAAUUUUAAUACUUUUAAAAAUUUUAACAAAACUAAGGUAUGAACUAAAAUUAAACAAGUAAACAAUUUCAUCCAAACUUUCCUAACAUGAAUUAAUAAUUGAAUACACCUCGUUAAACUCCAGAAUUUUAUUCUGAUAUUCAACAAAGUAAUGAGGAAGGCAAGACGAACUAAAAAUCCCUAAGUCAAAUGUAAGAAAACCAAUAUGAAAAUUAAAAAAAAUGUAACACUUAUUCAUAAAUUAAGGUUAAUUCCAAUAAAAUUUUAAUUAAAAUGGUUAAGGAAUCAAUUAAUAUGCGUUUUAAUUGCCACCAAAUUAUAACUUUUCUUAAUUUGAUUAAACGUCAGCUAACUCUUAAUAAUUUUAAAAUCAGGCACUUAAAUUUAUGUGGAAUAAUAAUUAAUAAGACAAUUAAAAUAAACCUUUAGAAAAAAAUUAAUUCAAUUUUCAAUAUUUUUAAAAUUUUCCCUAAAAAUGGUAGGCUUAGAAUAAAGAGAUGAAAGUUGAAAAUCAGGGAUAAUUACCUGUUGAAAAAUAAUAUUAGUAAUAAUAAUACUAUUAAUAAUAAUAAUAGUAGUAAUAAUACUAUCAAUAAUAAUAAUAGUAGUAAUAAUAAUAUUAUCAAUAACUAUAACAAUAGUAACAAUAAUUUCAAUAGCAAUAGUAAUAAUAAUAUCAGUAGCAAUAAUAAUAAUAUUAAUAUCAAUAACAUUAGUAAUAAAAUUAAUAGUAACAACACCAACAAUAAUAAUAAGAAUAGUUAUAAUAGUAAUAAGUAAAAUAACAAUAGUAGUAAUAAUAAUAGUAUUAGUAGUAGCAAUAGUAGUAGUAACAAUAACAAUAACAAUAACAAUAACAAUAAUACUAAUAAUAAUAAUAAUAAUAAUAAUAAUAAUAAUAAUAAUAAUAAUAAUAAUAAUAAUAACAAUAGUAGUAAUAAUAGUAAUAGUAGCAACAACAAUAUCAAUAGUCGUAACAAUAAUAAUAAGAAUAGUAGUAAUAAUAUUAAUAGUAGCAAUAUCAAUAACAACAGUAGUAGCAAUAGUAGCAAUAAUAGUAGCAAUAACAAUAACAACAGUAGUAGCAAUAGUAAUAACAAUAAUAAUAACAAUAGUAGUAAUAAUAAUAGUUGUAGCAAUAAGAAUAGUAGUAACAACAGUAACAAUACUAGUAAUAACAAUUAUUAUAGUAGAAAUAACAAUAAUAAAUUGAUAAUUCAAGUUAAUUUAACCAAUAUUAAGAUGUAAAACCACACACUCUAAAAAAUCAAUCAAUUUUAGAAUCAGUUAUUGAAAUGCCUGCGGAUACAGAAUAAUCAAUGGAUAUAAAACAAUAUGAAGUAAAAGUAAUUCUAAAUUAGAAAAAUAAAGUAAAUAUAAUCAAUGAGAAAAUAAAAUAAACAUUUAAUAUUCCACUAAAUGUUAUCGAGAUUUAAGAACAAGAAGACUUAAAAAAACCAGAAUAUGCAAUGAAAAUUAGAGAAUAUUUACUUUCAUAGUAUCAAAAGAUUAAAUAAAGGAAGGAUGUUAAUCAAUAUGGAACUUAUAUUCAAAAUUAAAGAAUGAGCUCUGAGUACUAUAAUUAUUGA